AUGGAACAGUUCAUCGAGGCCUCUAAGCCCGAGGAGAUUGCGGAGGCUCCUACUGCGGAGGAUGCUGCUCGUGCUGCCCAGGAGGCUGGAUGGGCCAAGCCCACUCCCUUCAACUAUGAUAUCGAUACCAACGAAGUCAAGGAGUGGGCUGCCGUCGCACCCAAGUACGAAUGGAAGGACGAAUUCGGCGAGGUUGGACCUCCCGUGCCCGAGCUGGAGGACCAGCUGUUCCGCAACGACUACAUCACUCGCGUGGGAUACAAGCUCGACGCCCUGAAUGCCAUCGACGUGACUUGCGAGAGCAAGGACGCCAUCAAGCCCAUCCUGGACUGGAAGGACGCCGGGCUGCACCCCGUCAUACUCGAGAACAUCCAGCUGUGCAUGUACGCGCGCCCUACGCCGAUCCAGUCGUACGCUGUCCCUACGAUCCUCCGUGGUCAUGAUCUCCUUGGAAUUGCCCAGACUGGCUGUGGCAAGACGGACGCUUUCCUUAUCCCCAUCCUGUCGAAGCUGAUGGGUAAGGCGAAGAAGCUGGCAGCUCCUCGUCCCUACGCGGAGAGCUUCGAUGCUGCCACGCACACGGUUCGUGCCGAGCCCCUGGUGCUGGUUGUGUGCCCGACUCGCGAGCUGGCAACCCAGAUCUUUGACGAAGCGCGCCGUCUGUGCUACCGUUCGAUGCUACGUCCCUGUCGCGAGGAUCUUCAGAAGGGCUGUGACAUUCUGAUUGGUACCCCUGGCCGUAUUCUUGACUUUAUGAACCAGCCGCACGUUCUCUCAUUGCGGCGUGCGGAUGAGCUACUGGAUUCUAGCUGGGAGCAGGAGUUCAGUCGGCUCAUGUCUGGUGGAGAUGUCAAUGAGGACGCCGACCAUCACUACCUGAUGUUCUCGGCUACGUUCAACAAGGCAUGCCGUAAGCUUGCACGCACGUACUUGGGCGAAGAACACGUCCGCAUCCGCAUUGGCCGCCCUGGCAGCACUCAUAUCAAUGUGGCCCAGCAGCUUCUCUUUGUCGAGGACCGCUCCAAGAAGCAGGCUCUGUACGAUCUGAUCAUGAGCAUGCUGCCUAUCCGUACUCUGAUUUUCGUCAACACCAAGGACCAGGUCGACUUUGUGGACGAUUUCCUCUACAACAUGGGUCUGCCCAGCACUUCUAUCCACAGCGGCCGUACCCAGAUUGAACGCGAAGAUGCCAUCCGUGCCUUCCGCACUGCGAAGGCUCCCAUCAUGGUCACGACUAGUCUCUCCGCCCGCGGUCUGGAUAUUGCCAAUGUGAUGCAUGUCAUCAACUACGAUCUUCCCCGUGGCGACGACGCUAUCGGCCAGUACGGUCUUGCAACCUCUUUCUACAACGAUGGCGACUCGGACAUUGGCAGCGCUUUGGUCAUGAUUCUCAUGGAGACUAGCCAGAAAAUUCCCGAUUUUUUGCAGCACUUUACUGCAUCUGACAAUGCCCUGGUGUUUGUCGAUGAUAGCAACGAUUCGCAGGAUGACGAUGCUGAUGAGGAAAAUGGCACUCAUGGUGGUGGUGGUACGUGGGGUUCCCAGGAGCCCGCGCAGGACGGCUGGGGUGCCUCUGAGGAGACUCAGAAGGGUGUCAAGGAGACCCUGGAUGAUGUUGCGGCCGGUUUUCUGCGUGACUCGGCGUGGGCUACCCAGUCUCAGCAGGAGCCCACCAACAACUGGUGA